UGACGUUUCAAACUAUUUGAGAUCUACUGGUGGAAGAAAUAAAACGCAACGUCAGUAAUUUUCACUUCUGCCAACUGUAUUAUUUUCACUUGUAACAAUUAAACUUAUUUUCGAACAGAGGGAUAAUAUUUUUACAUGCACCAAAUUAUUUGGCGCGAUUCCAAUUAAAAGAAAAAAGCAGCAUCGUCAAACAGAUGAAGAAUAUUAUUUGAAGACAACGGACAUCUUGACGAUAUCUUCAACGCAAAUGACGACAUGUCUCAACGAAAUUCGUGGUGCUUUUGAAAAUCACCCGCACUUAAUGACGGGUUUACCGUAACGGUACAGAACUGUUUGUUACAUCGAGAAAAACGAUUGAAUAUUUUGUGAUAUCAUUGGGCAUUGAUCAGAAAUUUACAAGAAAGUGAAGCUAAAGGGUUCACUUCAAGUGAAUUGUCACUCGUGAAAUUUCAAAAUGGUUCGACCAUCGCAUCCACGACUCAUCUCUCGCGUGCUAGAUGCAGUGGCAAAUCUUGGUGAUACCAGAGGUUCAUCAGCUCGUGAAAUUCUCAGCUUUAUUCGGCGCAGCAAUGUAUCACCAAAAAAUUUGACGCUGCAGGUGACACAAAAAAAAUGGGUACAUCGAGCUCUAAAGAAUGCACUAAAUGCUGGACUUUUACGACACAGGAGUGGUCGUUAUAAAGCACUAGUUACUUUGAAUGCUAUAUCUAACCCAUCUGUUAAUAAGGAAACAGCUACUAAUAACCAGAAAAACGAGAAGAAAAGCUCAAAAUCCGACGUACGUACACCGAUUGCCGAUGUGGAAUCCUCUCGUCAAACGCAAGAGCGCAAGAAAAGAACUACGUCACGACGACGCAACAGCAGACAACGUAGUAGCAAAGCAAGAAGAAAAACUCGACGUUCGCCGUAUAGACGAUCCACUGUUGCUCAGAAUCGGAAGCGACGACAACGAAAGCGCACAUACGAGGACGAAGAGGUCGAGGAUCAGUCAUCCGGACGGUACGCCUUGCAUGGAAGGGACGAUUCGCCCGUAUCGUUUAAUCGCAGAACGAAACGUUCAAGAGUAUCUAAGCGGGAACUGGAGUCUGACUUUUCUGACGAGAGCGAUUGCGAUAGCGAUACGAGCCGGAAGCGUGUUUCCCGUGCAAAGAAAUCAAGACGCAAAGAGGCGCGUGCAAAAUCGAAAGAUAAAUCAGGGUCUCGAGCUCGAAGUCCGCAACAAACGCGACAGCAUUCGACCGAGGAAAUCGAAAACGAUAGACAGCACUCUGACGAGGAUCACGAGUCCACGAAACGCGAUGUAACGCAUCAAGAAGCGCACGAAGAUGAUGAAAAAGUUUGCGAGCCAAACGAUAGCAAUAGCGGUAGUACUCUGGAGAACUCGAGAGAUUAACUAUAUCCUUUUAUGUUUUUUCUCUCUCACUCUGCUAUUUGUCUAUCGAUAUAUAAUCUUUUAAUACUUUCCUGCCGACUAUAUAUAUAUCUGUAUAUUUUGUUUUCUACUUUUCUGUUUUGGAACGUCUUGUUUUGAGAGAUAAAUUUGUGAACGUUUUAAUUAUAUAAGGGCAAUUUAAAAUAAAUGUACGUGUAUGAAGAAG